AUGAACAAAGUCGAAGAUGCGGUCAUCGACAUGUAUGAGCAACUCCCGGUACCAUACGGGCUCGUCCGCUUUGGUGUGGCGCCCGAUCAUCCCGAAGUGAAGAAUUGCCAAGAUACGUUUGAGGAAGUGGCGCUCUCUCCACGAUUCAACUACAUUGGCAAUGUGCGCGUGGGACAUGAUAUCGAACUGUCAAAGCUGAAGCCUCAUUAUGAUGCGAUACUUUUCUCCUACGGCGCAAGCGAGGACAGGAAACUAGGGAUUCCAGGAGAAGACUUGCCCGGUGUCUUCUCUGCGAGGGAGUUUGUAGGCUGGUAUAACGGUCUGCCGCAAUUCCAGGGCCUGAAACCUCAAUUGCAAGCCGGGGAGCAGGCGAUUGUUAUAGGGCAAGGCAACGUCGCAAUGGAUGUUGCGCGCAUACUGCUUUCGCCAGUCGAUGCGCUCAAAUCGACCGAUAUCACAGAAGAAGCGUUACAGACCUUGUCCGAAAGCAAAGUCAGAUCCGCUGCAUUCACCGUCAAAGAAGCCCGCGAGCUCAUGCACGUUCCCUCCGUCGCAUUCGAACCCAUCGACCGAUCUCUAUACCCACCCGAAGUCAAAAAGCUUCCACGAGUUCAGAAGCGCAUCGCCGAUGUGCUUCUCAAAGGAACACCCUCGUCGCCCUCAGACACCCCGCGGUCAUGGGCUCUCGACUUUCUCCGCGCCCCAAAGUCAAUGAACGCAACGUCAAACCACAUUUCUUCGAUAACCUUCACCAAGCAACGCUUCGCACCCGAUGCCGAACCAUUCGAUCAGCGCACUCGAGUAGUCUCUACAGAUGAAGAAGUCACGAUGGAGGCCUCGCUUGCUUUUCGAUCGGUGGGAUACAAAUCGACGGCUCUGCCUGGCUUGGAAGAGCUUGGCGUUCCGUUUGACAACAAACUCGGCAUCAUACCCAACGACGUCCAUGGCCGCGUCGUCACUCCUUCCGAAGGCCCCGGCAAUUUGACUGCUGGUCAUCUUGCUGGCUUGUAUUGCGCCGGAUGGGUGAAAAGAGGACCUACAGGCGUUAUUGCGAGUACAAUGCAAGACGCGUUUGCGUCUGCCGAUAUUAUUGCAGAGGACUGGGCGAACAACGUGCCGUUCCUAAAUGCUGAGAAUGAGGGAACGAAGAUGGGAUGGGACGCCGUCAAGGAAGAAGUUGAGGCCAAGGGCGUGAGGCCGCUGAGUUGGAAGGAUUGGAAGGUGAUUGAUCGUGCGGAACGGGAGAAGGGGAAAGCAAAGGGCAAGGAGAGGGAGAAAUUUGCAAGUGUCGAGGAGAUGUUGAAGGUUUUGGAUGCGUAG